AUGGACAAAACCUUUUGUGUAUCACAUUCAGUAAACGGCACUAAACUCGACAGUACUCCCAAGAAGCAGAUCACCGCUCUAAUCAACCAAGACACUUCAAACACCGAUUCCGGUUCUAGUCACUUGGAAGAUGGCCGUAGCCGAUCUCUGGUACAGCCUCAAGCUUAUUUCCGCUGGCCAUACUAUCUUUUUGCCCUGUUGCCUUUUGGCCGAGUCAAUCUUCUCUCCAGCAUGUGUUGCGAGCACAAACACAAUGUCGUCUUUCCCGCGAACAUAGCCAUGGCUAGCGACAUGGUCUCUCGGAUGGGGUUUGUCGCUGCAGAGGCAAUACUUUGGAGCUUUGGGGAACAACUAGAUAGGGAAGUCGAGGCACUGGGCCAUCUCCUAGAGGUCAUGCAGUAUGCAUAUCAACUUGAUCAUGGUAUCAAAUCCUGGCGGGUAUUUUUGACCAUUAUUAGGGCUCCUCAUAUUGGGACAGCAGCGGUGCUUGGUCUUCGACCAAGUAUCCCGGUCAUUUUGCACUUCAGUGCAGGAGUUCGAUUGGACCUUGACGGCGUUGAUGAGGCCCUACAUAGUUCAGACUUUCUAUUACCCGCUCCACCCGCUCCACCCACUGAUCGGUCGCACCUCUCGGGUUGGCUGGCGCGUCCAGGUCAUUGGCUAGUUACGCAACUCGUUCUUGUGGUUGAUUUUGUCCAUGCCCAAGGAAUCGUCCAUGGAGACCUUCACCUUGGCAACAUUCUUCUCAAAGUUCCGCGCAAUUUUGACCAGCUGUCACUCAAUCAAUUAUAUGAGAAAUAUGGAGCACCGGAACUUGACCCAAUUGUUCGUCUAGAUGGCAACCCUCUUCCGCCUGGAGUUCCGUCCCACGGCAUUGCGCCCAUUUGGUUGGGUGAAGCGAGUGAGAAAAUCACACUUUCAGAAGCCAGGAUCCUGCUUACGGACUUUGGUGAAGCCUUUUCCCGCUCAAAAGAACGGAAAUACGAAUCCCACACCCCCCUUGCUAUCCGUUCCCCCGAGGCGCGGUUUGAACCAAACAACUCUCUAUCUUUUCCAUCGGACAUUUGGACUCUUGCCUGUACCAUAUGGUCAAUCGUCGCCCAACGACCAUUGUUUGAAGGGUUUCUCAUGACGGAGGACGACAUGACCCGUGAGCAUGUCGAUGCUCUUGGUAUUUUGCCGCUUGAAUGGUGGAGAAAGUGGGAGGCGCGACGACUGAAAUUUACUGAGGACGGUAAGCCAAUAAACCGCAACCCUUUCCGAUCCUGGGACGAUCGGUUUGAGGAUAGCGUGCAACAGCCCAGGCAAGAGAGUGGCAUACCGUCGUUUGAUGCAAGGGAGAGGGAAGCUUUCUUCGACAUGCUACGUCCGAUGUUCUCAUUCAGACCUGAGAAUCGCCCUACGACCAAGCAAAUUCUCAAGUCAGAAUGGAUGCGAAAAUGGGCUCUCCCUGAAUAUGGCAAAAUUCAAGAUGUUGUAUAAAUUAUUCUGGGAUGGGACUGCAUUAUCAUUUUUAUCCGCCUAUGAGCAUAAAACGACGUUUUUCCAGCGCGUAAAUAGUUGAUCCCUCUACUUAUGUCACUCUGCGCCGUGCUCCUCCUUCAGCAAGAGCCCCUCCCUUGAUUUCUUCACAAAUCAUCUCCCUAAAAGUAGGGCGUGCGCAGCAGGAAGAUUGACCUUGAUAUUCCAUAGGCAAAAGCAUCACCUGCGAGAAGAGAAAUACGCCCUUAACCACCGAAUCAG